ACCGUUGUUAACGGAGGUCUGAAAUUUCUGAUUCCAUUUUCUGCGAACCCUAUCCAAAAUCAUAUAAAAUCGCACAACCCAAAACCUCACCAACAUUAGUAUUAUGGCAAGAAGGAAGAAACUUUGAUGAAAUGUUGAGGAUUUGGAGAUGGUAUCAAAAUUGUUUAGCUGUGCAUCCCGUGAAAACACAGGUAAUCAGCUCUGGUUUGAUUUGGGGACUUGGUGAUGUUGCUGCCCAGGCUGUUACUCACGCCACCGCUGCCAAAAAGAAAACCCUUUUUCUUUCUGAGGAAGAAAGACAGUUACAGAUCAACUGGAGACGAGUGAUUACUACAAGCCUAUUUGGAAUGGCAUUUGUUGGGCCAAUUGGCCACUUCUGGUAUGAAGGUUUAGAUCGGUUUUUAAGGUUAAGGCUUCUAUACCAACCAAACUCCCUGCGAUUUGUUGCUACUAAAGUAGCACUCGACGGGAUCAUAUUCGGACCUGUAGAUUUAUUUGUUUUCUUCACUUACAUGGGUUUAGCAUCGGGUAAAAAUGUUGAUCAAGUUAAGGAAGACGUGAAACGGGAUUUUCUUCCGGCGUUGGUCUUAGAAGGCGGCGUGUGGCCGAUCGUUCAAGUGGGCAACUUCCGAUUCAUACCAGUGAGGUACCAACUUCUGUAUGUUAAUCUUUUCUGCUUAUUGGAUAGCUGCUUUCUUUCAUGGCUUGAGCAGCAACAGGAUGCUGCUUGGAAACAAUGGUUCAAAAGUUUUCCUUUUAAAGAACAUAAAAAUCGGGAUGGAUGAUUCGUUCCUGAGUCGACUCACUGAUUGUUUAUCAAAGCUUUAUGACCGAGUCGACUCACUGAUUGUGUAAAGCUCUUGCUCCGAUUACCCUUUUUUUGUCUGAUUGUUCGUUUAGGGAACUAGUUUUAUGAGAGGAAAUGAAGGAGAGAAUUGUGAAUCUCCGUAUUCAUUUUAGUAUCUUUGUCAUUUUCGUUUCUGGUUUCUGUUUAAUAUAUGAUGGAUCCAUGUACCGUAAUGGUGUGUGUGUCCCUGCCGCCAAGUUCCGUUUUAUUUUUUGUCAAAUGGAAGUGUUGGUUCUUGAUUUGUGUCUA